CGCUGCGCAAUUUGUCGUACUUCUUCGUCUCGCGCUCACGAUUUAGACACCGCACCGUCUUCACCAGACAAUGCCUUCGCAAUAGAGUCGAGUCGCGGAUCUCUACGCGACGGCGACAUGCCACUCAUUUAAUUACCUGGUCGACUUGUACAUGCAUAGCAUCGACCUGGCGUAUUCAUCGCCUUCCAUUCAUUUUAUUGAUUAUACCAUCCCUCGGUCUUGGCAGCCCGAGGUCGAUCGCCGCAACCCGCGCGCACUAAUUCACCACUGUAUUGAGCCAAACCUUGCGAACCCCAUGCAGCCACCAUCAUGCGCCGUCCCGCACUCCUUUCUCCACGGUCUCUGAUCACCACGAUCUGCACCACCACCGCCGCCUUCUUCUCGACGACCGCAACGGCCUUGACCGAAGGCACCGUCUGGGCGACGCCGCACUCGCAGUACUCGUCGUCGGUCGGCGUUCUCGGCUGCAAGGUCAACACGAACCGCAUCGCCUACUGGCCCGGCGUUGUCGACUGCGACAAGAUUUGCAUCUCUCUCAGUUACGAAAGCCGAAGCGUGAACCUGCUCCGCGUAGACACUUCGGAGGGCGCCUAUGAUGUUUCGUACGAUGCUUGGAACUACCUGAUCACCGGCGAGGGCGCGCGCCAGAAGCCCACUGCCGGCGGCGCCGUCGCCAUGGAGUACCGCGAGGCACCCGCCGACGCCUGCAAGAGCCUCAUCCACACCCCUGGCAACAAGCUGCCGCUCAGCGCGUCCAACAGCAUGAACUUCCUCGCCAGCUGUCUGGAGCAGCCGAACAGCUGGGUUGCCAAGAAUUACGUGCUCUAUAAUGUUCUCGAUCCCAUCUGCUCUUGGGGCAACGACGAGACGUGCACGCUCAACUGGCCUACCGAAAACCAGGCCAAGUGCAAGUCUGGGCUGGGUACGCCGUCGGUUCUGAGCAAUCAACCGGUUUACAACAUUGAGUACCCCACAGGCAAGACGGUGCUGGCUUCUAACGGCUCGGUUGUCGAGAGCCCUCCGGACGACAAUGCGGCAACGAUCAACCAAAGUCCUGGGAGAUCUGCCAUUGUAUUUGCUCUUUUCGCUACCGCCUCGACAUGGCUAUUUCCUACAAUUUUAGACUUAUUAUAGCCCCGAGAGACUACGCUCCUCGAAAAUGGGCAAAACAUUUUACCUUCACUUCUCUGACCAAUAUUUUGGUAUAUACUUCUUCUGCCUGUCGCGGGGGCGAGGGCUCAAACGUUUGGAUACCCCAUGUAUGCAUUGUAUGUACCUUUGUGUAUGUGUAUAUCUCUGAUGAUGAUCACAUAUUUUUGGAAGUUUACAUAAACAAUUUAUUCUAUUUUUAUAAGCCA